GGUCCCCUACCCGGCCGUCCCCCGCCCACGGGCCGCUCCCCUGGGCCCGCCGUCCCCUCCCCCGCUGGCGGGGCCCGGACAGAAGAUGGUGCAGAAGAAAACAGCCGAACUUCAGGGCUUCCACCGUUCGUUCAAGGCCCUGAGAGCUCCCCUCUCCCGCCCCCUGCAGGGGCAGAAUCCUUUCGAGCUGGCCUUCUCCCUAGACCCGGCCCACCUUGGGGAGACCGACUUCAGCCUGGAGCAUCCGGCCCGCCCUGAUAUGCCCGCCAGCCAGCCCAUCGACAUCCCGGAUGCCAAGAAGAGGGGCAAGAAGAAGAAGAGGUGCCGGGCCACGGACAGCUUCUCAGGCCGGUUCGAAGACGUCUACCAGCUGCAGGAGGACGUGCUCGGGGAGGGUGCCCACGCCCGAGUGCAGACCUGUGUCAACCUCAUCACCAACCAGGAAUACGCCGUCAAGAUCAUCGAGAAGCAGCCAGGCCACAUUCGGAGCAGGGUUUUCCGGGAGGUGGAGAUGCUGUACCAGUGCCAGGGGCACAGGAAUGUUCUAGAGCUGAUAGAGUUCUUUGAGGAGGAGGAUCGCUUCUACCUGGUGUUUGAGAAGAUGCGGGGCGGCUCCAUCCUGAGCCACAUUCACAAGCGGCGGCACUUCAACGAGCUGGAGGCCAGCGUGGUCGUGCAGGACGUGGCCAGCGCCCUGGACUUCCUGCACAACAAAGGCAUCGCCCACAGGGACCUAAAGCCAGAAAACAUCCUCUGUGAGCAUCCCAACCAGGUGUCCCCUGUGAAGAUCUGUGACUUCGACCUGGGCAGCGGCAUCAAACUCAACGGGGACUGCUCCCCAAUCUCUACCCCAGAACUGCUCACCCCGUGCGGCUCGGCAGAGUACAUGGCCCCCGAGGUGGUGGAGGCCUUCAGCGAGGAGGCCAGCAUCUACGACAAGCGCUGCGACCUCUGGAGCCUGGGCGUCAUCCUCUAUAUCCUGCUCAGCGGCUACCCGCCCUUCGUGGGCCACUGCGGCAGCGACUGCGGCUGGGACCGCGGCGAGGCCUGCCCGGCCUGCCAGAAUAUGCUGUUCGAGAGCAUCCAGGAGGGCAAGUACGAGUUUCCCGAGAAGGACUGGGCCCACAUCUCCUUCGCCGCCAAAGACCUCAUCUCCAAGCUCCUCGUCCGCGACGCCAAGCAGAGGCUGAGCGCCGCCCAAGUCCUGCAGCACCCCUGGGUGCAGGGGUGCGCUCCAGAGAACACCCUGCCCACACCCAUGGUCCUGCAGAGGAACAGCUGUGCCAAAGAGCUCACAUCGUUUGCGGCGGAGGCCAUCGCCGUGAACCGGCAGCUGGCCCAGCGGGAGGAGGGCGCGGCCGAGGAGGCGGAGCAGAGCCAGCCCGUGGUCGUCCGCGCCGCCCGCUGUCUGCAGCUGUCCCCGCCCUCCCAGAGCCGGCUGGCCCAGAGGCGACAGCGAGCCAGCCUGUCCGCGGCCCCCGUGGUCCUGGUGGGGGACCACGCGUGACCCCUCUCAGCUCUGUACAUAGGUCACUCCCUCCCCCCAUCAGAUCUUCAGAGUUUUUUAAGCUACUGCCAGGGGGCGACCAGCAGGCGGCCUCCCCUGGCUAGUCUCCGAGGCGCUAAGCUCAGUUCGGGGGGCUCUUUUUAUAUGAGGUUUUUGCUGUUGGAUUUAUUUUCUUUUUUCUGUCUCAUCCGCAUUCUUUUUUUCCUCUUAAAGGUGUUAAAAGCAAAGCAGGCACCUGGGGAGGAGAUUGGAGGGUGUGUCUCUGGGCUUGUCCCGUCCCUGCCCCCAGCCCCGGACGCCCAUUUGUACUGUGAAGGGUCCCCACUCCCGCCCCGCCCAGGUGUGACUCAGGAGAGGAGGGCACACGUUGCCUUCCAGAGCUAGGGGCACAGAGCGCACCCCUCCCCCGGCCCUCACGGCGUCUUCAGGGACGGGCCGCCCCGUGGCUCCCCAGGGUGCCACGCGCCUCUUCCAUCCCUCCCCCGGAAGCGCCCUGGUCGCUUGGAGGGGCAGGGGCUUCUCAGGUCUCCCUUGUGGCUGGAGGAGGCCAGGUGCAGGCAGGUGGGAUAGGACACAGGGCCACCCGCCAGACCCCCCGGCAGACUGACAAUCGGGGCUCCCUCAGACCUUGACCUUAAGCUGCAGCUCUCGCCCCGCCCUCCCCUGCCCUCUCCCCAGGGGACCCUGCCCACCAGGAGGGCAGUGCCAGAGGCAGUGGGAGGGGUUGGACAGGCACCCGUCAGCCAACCUGGGGGUCCCUUGGACCCCCACCCUGGGCACCGGAGUGCCCCUUCUCAGGGCUCAGUCUGACCAUGGCCAUGUCCUGCCCCUCACCGCCGCCCCUCGGGUCUGGUGAGAAAGCUCUGUGUGCACCCCUGCCUCCUCCUCAGAGCCAGGGCCCAGCCAGGGGUCCUGCUGAAGCCCCUCCGCCCCCAGGAACCUUCAGGAACACGGCUCCAGCUCCUCCCGGGCACCCAGGACUCGCCGUGCCCGCCCGGACCGACCUCGGCGCCGGGUCAGACGUGGAGUGACCCGCCGGGCUUGGGACGGCCGACCCCCCUUCCCUCGGGUGGGAAACACUAUGCAAUACAGGCUCCCCCUUCUCCGUGUCCAUGUGCUUCUGCCGGCCGGGGGGCCCUGCAGCCCCCCACCAGGCAGCCUGGCCCCGGCCUCCGGUCCCCGGCCUCCGGUCAUUCGUCCUGUUUUGUUCGUUUUUAAAGACAUUGGUUGACUUCCCUUCCCUGUUCUUGAAUACUUGAAUGUUGGGGGGCCUUGUGGGUAGGAGGGCUCACAUGCCGUGUCUGUGGCAGUCCCUGGUGGGGACUGGCCCCCGCCCGCCUGGAUCUGUGGACCGGCCUUUCCAAAGACCCCCGGGGCGGGGGGGGGGGGCGCCCGCCCUCCCCUGCUUCUUGCCCAUCAGUGGUUCUUCGUUUUGAGCUGGGGAUUCUGCCUUUUUGUAAAAAAGAAACAAAUGGACCCCCGCCUGCCGCAGGCGCCUGGGCCGUUUUAACUCUGGAAAGCUGAGCUGUGAGGAGCUUUUUUUUUUUUCCAAAGGUGGGACAGCCACUUCCUCUUGUCACACGUCACACGCACGGUGUGGCCCGGAGGACUGUCAGAACCGCUACUGUGAAAGCGCCCAGCCCCCGCCGCUCUGGCCCUGGGGGAGGGGGCGGCAACGUUUCAAUGUUCAGAUGUAUAAAAAAGACAAAAAAAAACCCACCUCGUUUUUUAGGAGUGGGGGGACAUCAAGCACUUUAGCGCCGCCGGGCCAGCUCGUUUUCCUUACACCAACUGUUGACGCCGGACUUUUGUAUUGUUUUGUAAGGAUUUAAUAAAAGUCAUAAAACUUG